GAAGAUGCUGAAAGUUACCUGACUAAUUUAUGGCUAACCCGGUUUGUUCCUUCAGUCCACAUCCUUGUAGUCUCAUUGAGCCUUCCUCUGAACAUCAUGGCAAUCCUUAUGUUUGUGGUCAAAUUAAAGCUUAAGAAACCUGCAGUUGUGUACAUGCUCAACCUGGCUUCCGCUGAUGUGCUCUUUGUGAGCAUACUGCCUUUUAAGAUUUCCUACCAUUUUUCUGGACACAACUGGAUGUUUGGACCUGAAAUGUGCCGCUUUGUCACUGCUGCCUUCUACUGCAACAUGUACUGCUCUAUAUUGCUGAUAAUGACAAUAAGUAUUGACCGUUUUCUGGCAGUGGUGUACCCAAUGCAGGCUUUGUCAUGGCGCACUGUCAGACGUGCCUCUGUGGUGUGCUUUGUCAUCUGGGUUGUUGCCAUAGCUGGAGUUAUACCUCUGUUUAUCACAGAACAAACAAAGAGAAUCCCUCAGUUAAAUAUCACUACCUGCCUUGAUGUGCUAGAUGUAUCUGUUAUGAAGAUGUUUCAGUAUUAUUUUUCUGCAUUAUCUGUUUUCUUCUUCUUUAUACCAGUUAUAAUUUCUACCACUUGCUAUGUGUGCAUUAUAAAAAAUCUUAGCUCAUGUAAAACUAUUGCUGCAAAGCCAGGUAAGAAGAGGCGGGCUAUACUCCUGUCUGCUGCUGUCUUGUGUUCUUUUAUUUUUUGUUUUGGUCCAACAAAUGUCUUAAUGUUGGUGCAAAGCUUAUGCUUUCCACCUGAUCAACCCCUGAAGAGUCUCUCUUAUGCCCUUAUGUUGACAGUCUGUAUCGGCACUAUCAAUUGUUGUAUUGACCCCUUGAUUUAUUAUUAUGCUUGUUCUGAGUGUCAAAGGAAGGUCAAGAGGCUCCUAUGCCAUAAAGUGCAUUCUGGUCAUGGAAAAGGAAGUCAGACAACCAGCAGUCACAUGACGACCUCUUCUAGCGCUUUGAAUCAUUAA